GACAGAACACUUGCAACAAGAAUGACAGAGACAAACUUGUCUUGCGUUCUAUACGGACCUGGGAAGGUCCGGUUCGAGGACCGGCCUGUACCCGAGAUCGAUGACCCUCACGAUGUUUUGAUCCGGAUCUCAUAUGUGGGAGUGUGUGGUAGCGAUGUUCACUUCUGGACUCACGGCGGCAUAACAAGGAUGGUAUCUGACGAAGCCCCUCUCGUGAUGGGCCACGAGGCAUCCGGGAUCAUACACUCGGUGGGGGCAGCAGUCACAAACCUGCAAAUAGGAGAUCGUGUUGCCAUCGAACCGGGGUUCCCGUGCCGACGAUGCCAGCAAUGCAAGACCGGACGCUACAACCUGUGUCCCGGCAUGAGGUUCGCGGCGGAUCCGCCAGACACGCACGGGACGCUGUGCCGGCUGUUCCGCAUGCCAGCGGACUUUGUCUACAAGAUCCCGGCCUCACUGAGCCUGGAGGAGGCUGUACUUGUCGAACCCCUGGCGGUCGCGGUGCAUGGGGUUCGUCGGGCGGAUGUGCGGCCAGGCCAGACGGUGUUGGUCCAGGGUGCUGGAACCAUUGGGCUAUUGACUGCGGCCGUUGCGAUCGCUUAUGGGGCGAGUGUGAAGAGCGUCGGUAUCACGGAUGUUAACGAGGCAAAGCUCGACUUCGCAAGAGAGUACCUGGGGUGCACAGCUCUCAGACCAGACACCGAGGCGACACCCAGAGCAGUCGCAGCUCAAUUCAAGAAGGAAAUGAGCCUUGAAAAUGGAGUGAAUGUGGUUCUGGAAUGUACGGGGGUCGAGGCUUCCGCUCAAGCUGGGAUUUACGCAUUGGCGGCUGGCGGCGUCUUCGUGCAGAUCGGGCUAGGAAAGCCACUGCAGGCGUUUCCUUUGCUGGACAUGUUCGAAAAGGAGACGGUGUUCAAAACAUCGUUUCGCUAUGCACCCCGGGACUACGAAAUUGCGCUCGAUUUACUGGACUCCGAGAAGGUUGACCUGGCACCCUUGGUUAGUAGCACCGUGCCGUUCGAACGGGCUUCAGAAGCUUGGGAAAAGACACGCCGUGGGGAAGGAAUCAAGAAUUUGAUUCAGGGUGUGCAGGAGUAGCUCGGUAUAUGCCCAAUCAUCCCCUCUUGCCCUGCGUGUGCUACAUGAUCCACUCUUGUGCUAAAAUAUACCGGAAUUUGUGAAUAAAACACGCCCGG